AUGGGGCAGGAGGAUCAGUGGGUCCCCUUGGCCAGGACCAAGCAAGCUGUGAGUGUGCACCCCAAAACCAUGCCUGGGGCUGGGGUCUUCCCCCUGCGCUGCCAGGAGCCCGGCUCCAGCUUCUCCUGGGUCCAGAUUUCGCUGAUCCUCCCCGGCAUGCGCGGCAGCGGCACACGGGGUCCGGCACACGCUGUUCCCAUUGCAGUGCAGCCCGGUCCCCGCGUGCCCGGGGACGCUGCCAGCGCCAUGGCUCACACGAAAUACAGCCCCCAACCCGCGGUCCCCAAAUCUCUCAGCUAUUACGUCCUCAGCCCCAAGCCCUGCGAGCCCCCAGCCUGCAAGGCGGAAGCGGAGGCCAUGGAGAAGGAGCUGCUGGAGGAUUACCGCUUCGGGCGGCAGCAGCUGAUCGAGAUCUGGGGACACGCCUGUGCCAUGGCUGUCACCAAGGCCUUCCCGCGUCCGUCCCUGCCGCGGAAGCAGCCCACGGUGCUGGUGGUGUGCGGGCCGGCACAGAACGGGGCCAUCGGGCUGGUGUGCGCCCGCCACCUGCGCAUCUUUGACUACGAGCCCACCAUCUUCUACCCCAAACGUUCCCCGGACCCCCUGUACCGGGACUUCACCACGCAGUGCGAGAAGAUGGACAUCCCCUUCCUCUCCUACCUCCCCACUGAA